AUGCCGGCCCGCGCCCCGCCGCUGCCGCCGCUGCUGCUGCUGCUGGCCCUCGGCGGCCGCCCUCUGCGUGCGGAGCCUGGAGACGGCGUGGAGACCUGGGCCCGCUUCGCGCGCCCUCUGGCCCCCGAGGAUGCCGGCCUCCUCCACGACACCUUCCCCGACGGCUUCUUCUGGGCUGUGGGCACCGCCGCCUACCAGACCGAGGGCGGCUGGCGGCAGCACGGCAAGGGCGCGUCCAUCUGGGACACGUUCACCCACUCACCCCCAACACUCCAGGGAGACCCCCCCGUAGCCGGGCUGCCGACGGGCGCCCUGUCACGGUCCUUGUCCGCCACCGGGGACGUGGCCAGCGACAGCUACAACAACGUCUUCCGCGACACGGAGGGGCUGCGUGAGCUCGGGGUCACCCACUACCGCUUCUCCAUCUCGUGGGCGCGCGUGCUCCCCAAUGGCAGCGCGGGCACCCCCAACCGCGAAGGGCUGCGCUACUACCGACGCCUGCUGGAGCGGCUGCGGGAGCUGGGGGUGCAGCCCGUGGUCACCCUGUACCACUGGGACCUGCCCCAGCGUCUGCAGGACGCCUACGGCGGCUGGGCCAGCCGCGCCCUGGCGGACCACUUCAGGGAUUUCGCGGAGCUCUGCUUCCGCCACUUCGGCGGCCAGGUCAAGUACUGGAUCACGAUCGACAACCCCUACGUGGUGGCCUGGCACGGCUACGCCACCGGCCGCCUGGCCCCCGGCGUCCAGGGCGGCUCUCGCCUCGGAUACCUGGUGGCGCACAACCUCCUGCUGGCUCAUGCCAAAAUCUGGCAUCUCUACAAUACUACUUUCCGUCCAACUCAGGGGGGCCAGGUGUCCAUUGCCCUAAGUUCCCACUGGAUCAAUCCACGAAGAAUGACAGACCAUAACAUCAAAGAAUGUCAAAAAUCUCUUGACUUUGUUCUAGGCUGGUUUGCCAAACCCAUAUUUAUUGAUGGUGACUAUCCUGAAAGCAUGAAGAAUAAUCUUUCAUCUCUUCUGCCUGCUUUUACUGAACCUGAGAAAAAGUUCAUCAAAGGCACAGCUGACUUUUUUGCUCUUUCCUUUGGACCAACCUUGAGUUUUCAACUAUUGGACCCUCGCAUGAAGUUCCGUCAAUUAGAAUCUCCCAGCCUGAGGCAACUGCUUUCCUGGAUUGACCUUGAAUAUAACCACCCUCAAAUAUUUAUUGUGGAAAACAGCUGGUUUGUCUCAGGGACCACCAAGAGGGAUGAUGCUAAAUAUAUGUAUUACCUCAAAAAAUUUAUAAUGGAAACUUUAAAAGCCAUCAGGCUGGACGGGGUGGACAUCGUCGGGUACACAGCGUGGUCCCUCAUGGACGGCUUCGAGUGGCACAGAGGCUACAGCAUCAGGCGUGGACUCUUCUAUGUUGACUUUUUGAGCCAGGAUAAGAAAUUGUUGCCAAAGUCUUCAGCUUUGUUCUACCAACAGCUGAUAGAAAAAAAUGGCUUCCCUCCUUUACCUGAAAAUCAACCCUUAGAAGGGACAUUUCCCUGUGACUUUGCUUGGGGAAUUGUUGACAGCUACAUUCAAGUUGACACCACUCUGUCUCAGUUUACCGAUCCGAACGUUUACUUGUGGGAUGUCCACCACAGUAAGGGGCUCAUUAAGGUGGACGGCCUUGUGACCAAGAGGAGGAAACCUUAUUGUGUCGACUUUACUGUCAUCCGGCUCCAGAUCGCCCUACUCCAGGAAAUGCAUGUAACACAUUUCCACUUCUCGCUGGACUGGGCCCUGAUCCUGCCUCUGGGUGACCAAUCCCAGGUGAACCGCACGGUCCUGCACUACUAUCGCUGCAUUGCCAGUGAACUCCUGCAUGCCAACAUAACCCCCGUGGUGUCCCUGUGGCGACCUGUGGCCCCGCACCAAGGCCUGCCAGAGCCUCUGGCCAAGCAGGGUGCCUGGGAGAAUCCCCACACGGCCCUGGCUUUUGCAGAGUAUGCCAGGUUGUGCUUUAAAGAUCUUGGUUCCCACGUCAAGUUUUGGAUCACCAUGAACGAGCCCUACACGCGGAACAUGACCUACAGUGCAGGGCACAACCUGCUGAAAGCCCACGCCCUGGCUUGGCGCGUGUAUGAUGAGAAGUUCAGGCGCUCUCAGAAAGGAAAAAUAUCCAUAGCUUUGCAGGCUGACUGGAUAGAACCAGCCUGCCCUUUCUCCCCAAAGGACAAAGAAGUGGCAGAGAGAGUUUUGGAAUUUGACAUUGGCUGGCUGGCCGAGCCCAUUUUUGGUUCUGGGGAUUAUCCACGUGUGAUGAGGGACUGGCUGAAUCAUAGAAACAAUUUCCUUCUACCUUAUUUCACUGAAGAUGAAAAAAAGCUCAUACAGGGUUCCUUUGACUUUUUGGCUUUAAGCCAUUACACCACCAUCCUUGUAGACUGGGAAAAAGAAGAUCCAAUAAAAUAUAACGAUUAUCUGGAAGUGCAAGAAAUGACAGAUAUCACAUGGCUCAAUUCCCCCAGUCAGGUAGCAGUAGUGCCCUGGGGCUUACGCAAGGUCCUGAGUUGGCUAAAGUUGAAAUAUGGAGACCUCCCCAUGUAUAUAAUCUCCAAUGGCAUUGAUGAUGAUCUGCAAGCAGGCCAAGACAAUUUGAGGGUGUACUAUAUGCAGAAUUAUGUAAAUGAAGCUCUGAAAGCCUACAUAUUGGAUGGGAUCAACCUUUGUGGCUACUUUGUGUUUUCAUUUAAUGAUCGCACAGCUCCAAAGUUUGGCCUCUAUCGUUAUGCUGCCAAUCAGUUUGAACCCAAACCGUCCAUGAAACAUUAUAGGAAAAUUAUUGACAACAAUGGCUUCCCAGGUGCUGAAACCCUGGGGAGAUUUUGUCCAGAAGAAUUCACCCUGUGCACCGAGUGCAGCUUUUUUCAUACUCGAAAGACUUUACUAGCUUUCAUAGUUUUUCUACUUUUUGCUUUCAUUAUUUCUCUUUCUCUUAUUUUUCACUACUCUAGGAAAGGCAGGGGAAGGUACAAAUAG